AUGGAAAAAGGGGAAGCGAGAGAUGAGAGAGGGAUGAUGGGACAAAGUAGAGUAGAAAGAGCAUACAUGGAAGCGGACAACGAUACAAUGACAAGCGAUCCGUGGUGGGAGUUGGGAAUCGAGUACAUAUUUGAGAUUAAAAUCAGACAAUUAAUAAAUGCUGAAACGAUGAAGGUGGUGGAGAAGGUGUCUGCAUCUGAUUCGAAGCAGUGGGCGAUGGAGCAAACUAGGGACCAAAACUGCAAAUCUCCACAAAUGAGAUUGAGUGAGGGGCUUCAAACACUACGAAAUGAAUGUGACUACUCUGAGUUUCUUGAGGUUGCAAAUGAUCAUAAACAUGUGGAUGUGUAUAUUGACCACGAUAAUGAACCGAUAUUUAAGUGGAUUCAGAAAGAAGAACCAGACGACGAAGAAGUUGUGUAUUUAGAAAAAGAUGUUGACUAUGUUUUGGAAGAUAAUGAGAGUUGUGAACAUGAAGAGGAUGACUCUGCUAUAUCAAGCAAACGAAUCUUCAAAAAAACCUACAAUGAUCAGUUUUUGAACAAGUUAUGUCCAAUCGUUGUUGUAGAUGAAGAUGAAGAAGGCAAUGAACUUCCAACUAUCUGCUCUAGGCAUGAUGCUACUUAG